UGAUUGGUAAACCCUAUACGGUUAAACAACCAAAAACCGCAAUCCCUACACAAUAUAUGAUUCCCUCUAGUUUAACUUUGAUACAUAUCAGUGCUUAUGAAUCAGCUAUUUAGUAUUUAAACGGCGGAUGAAAACCUGACUGCCAAGUGCCAGUGUCCUGGCGACUUUAACAAGUGGUGGACUGUGGAGGUGUCUACGUUGUAUGAAAUGGGAUCCCUAACUUUGUUGUUCUCUGCUUUGGCGUUGUUGCUGGUCGUCGCUUACACGGACGCGGACCGCCAGUGCCCCCCACCCUCGAAGGUGUACAGCCGCACCCCUACAUGUAAGGGGGAUUACGACUGCAAAGGCGGCAAGCUUUGCUGCCUCAACCAGAGCAACGAGAAGUCCUGCUUCGAGCCCGUCAGCCAUGGCGGCGCUGGACGAUACGGACCGGGUAACAACGAAGGUGUCCUCUGCGAGGGUCGGAUAUGCCAAAAGGGGGAGGCUUGCGAGCUUGAUCCGAAAACCAAGAGGAAGAGAUGCGUCCGGAAAUAAUUUAGUGUACUAAGAUUUAAUUGCACACAUUGACCUGGCGGGUGCAAGGAGCGGGUGCACGGAGCGGGCGCCGGGCGCACGCACGCGGGUGCCAUUACUGCCAUUGUACAGUGAGGUUCGUAAUUUCAAACCUCACUGUACCUAGGUAAAAGCCGUCAAACGCGACAAUACUACGAGA